GAGCGCCGCCGAGCGCCGCCUCUAGCGCCCAGCCGCCCGCCGAGGCCCUGCGCAGCGCAGCCAGAGCCCAGCGCCCGGUUUGGAAGAUUAUGAUCACAUGGGUCCAUCUAACAAAAUAGAACUUGGGGACAUGGUGGUCCUUUAGGAAGUACGUUUGAGUUUCUCCUCAUUCCUUUUCUGGCCAACCACCAGAGGACACAAUCAAUCCAGACCCUUCUAAAUGCCCCUCACCAUGCUCGUAGCUUGAAUUCUUUCCCUAAAAUGGUCCUGCUGUUGAUCUUGUCUGUUCUGCUUUUGAAAGAAGAUGUCCGUGGGAGUGCACAGUCUAGUGAGAGGAGGGUGGUGGCCCACAUGCCAGGAGACAUUAUCAUUGGGGCUCUCUUUUCUGUCCACCACCAGCCCACUGUGGACAAAGUGCACGAGAGGAAGUGUGGGGCUGUGCGUGAGCAGUAUGGCAUCCAGAGAGUGGAGGCCAUGCUGCACACCUUGGAGCGGAUCAAUUCUGACCCCACUCUGCUUCCCAACAUCACCCUGGGUUGUGAGAUCCGGGAUUCUUGCUGGCACUCAGCUGUGGCCCUGGAGCAGAGCAUUGAGUUCAUAAGGGAUUCCCUCAUUUCUUCCGAGGAAGAAGAAGGCUUAGUGCGAUGUGUGGAUGGCUCUUCCUCUGGCUUUCGCUCCAAGAAGCCCAUUGUUGGAGUCAUAGGGCCUGGGUCCAGCUCUGUGGCUAUUCAGGUCCAGAAUCUGCUACAGCUUUUCAACAUCCCUCAGAUUGCCUACUCAGCCACCAGCAUGGACCUUAGUGACAAGACUCUGUUCAAGUAUUUCAUGAGAGUUGUGCCUUCAGAUGCCCAGCAAGCUCGGGCAAUGGUGGACAUUGUGAAAAGGUACAACUGGACCUACGUGUCAGCUGUGCACACUGAAGGCAACUAUGGAGAAAGUGGAAUGGAAGCUUUCAAAGACAUGUCAGCUAAGGAAGGGAUCUGCAUUGCACACUCCUACAAAAUCUACAGCAAUGCUGGGGAGCAGAGCUUUGAUAAGCUGCUGAAGAAACUCAUGAGCCACCUUCCCAAGGCCCGUGUGGUGGCUUGCUUCUGUGAGGGCAUGACUGUGAGAGGUCUCCUGAUGGCUAUGAGACGCCUAGGGCUGGCAGGAGAAUUUAUGCUUCUGGGCAGUGAUGGCUGGGCAGACAGGUAUGAUGUGACAGAUGGGUAUCAGCAAGAAGCCGUUGGUGGAAUCACUAUCAAGCUCCAGUCCCCAGACGUCAAGUGGUUUGAUGAUUAUUAUCUGAAGCUCCGGCCAGAGACCAACCUCCGGAAUCCUUGGUUCCAGGAAUUCUGGCAGCAUCGUUUCCAGUGUCGGUUGGAAGGGUUUGCACAGGAAAACAGCAAAUACAACAAGACAUGCAAUAGCUCUCUGACACUGAGGACACACCAUGUACAAGAUUCCAAGAUGGGCUUCGUGAUCAAUGCCAUCUACUCCAUGGCCUAUGGACUUCACAACAUGCAGAUGGCUCUGUGCCCUGGUUAUGCUGGCCUCUGUGAUGCCAUGAAGCCCAUUGAUGGGCAGAAGCUUCUGGACUCCCUGAUGAAAACCAACUUCACUGGAGUGUCUGGUGACAUGAUCCUAUUUGAUGAGAAUGGAGACUCCCCAGGAAGGUAUGAAAUAAUGAAUUUCAAGGAAAUGGGAAAAGAUUACUUUGAUUAUAUCAAUGUUGGAAGCUGGGACAAUGGAGAGUUAAAAAUGGAUGAUGAUGAGGUGUGGUCCAAGAAAAACAGUAUCAUCAGAUCUGUGUGCAGUGAGCCAUGUGAGAAAGGCCAGAUAAAGGUGAUCCGAAAGGGAGAAGUCAGCUGCUGUUGGACCUGCACACCAUGUAAGGAGAAUGAAUAUGUCUUUGAUGAGUAUACCUGCAAGGCAUGCCAGCUUGGGUCCUGGCCCACUGAUGACCUUACAGGCUGUGAUUUGAUCCCAGUGCAGUACCUGCGCUGGGGGGACCCAGAGCCCAUUGCUGCAGUGGUGUUUGCCUGCCUAGGCCUUCUGGCCACCUUGUUCGUCACUGUGGUCUUCAUUGUGUAUCGAGACACUCCAGUGGUCAAAUCCUCCAGCAGGGAGCUCUGUUACAUCAUCCUGGCAGGCAUCUGCCUGGGCUACCUGUGCACCUUCUGUCUCAUCGCCAAACCCCAGCAGAUCUACUGCUAUCUUCAGAGAAUUGGCAUUGGUCUUUCCCCCGCCAUGAGCUACUCAGCCUUGGUGACCAAGACCAACCGCAUUGCCAGGAUCCUGGCCGGCAGCAAGAAGAAGAUCUGUACCAAAAAGCCCCGCUUCAUGAGUGCCUGUGCCCAGCUGGUCAUAGCCUUUCUCCUCAUCUGCAUCCAGUUGGGCAUCAUUGUGGCACUCUUCGUCAUGGAGCCCCCAGACAUCAUGCAUGACUACCCGAGUAUUCGUGAGGUCUAUCUGAUCUGCAACACCACCAACCUAGGGGUGGUCACUCCCCUUGGAUACAAUGGGCUGCUAAUUCUCAGCUGUACCUUCUAUGCAUUCAAGACCAGGAACGUCCCAGCCAACUUCAAUGAGGCCAAGUACAUUGCCUUCACCAUGUAUACCACCUGCAUCAUAUGGCUGGCCUUUGUGCCCAUCUACUUUGGCAGCAACUACAAAAUUAUCACCAUGUGUUUCUCUGUCAGCCUGAGUGCCACAGUGGCACUGGGCUGUAUGUUCGUGCCCAAGGUGUACAUCAUCCUGGCCAAGCCUGAGAGGAAUGUACGCAGCGCCUUCACCACAUCUACUGUGGUACGCAUGCAUGUGGGUGACGGCAAGUCCUCGUCCGCAGCCAGCCGCUCUAGCAGCCUGGUCAAUUUGUGGAAGCGCAGGGGCUCCUCUGGUGAAACCCUCAGGUACAAAGACAGGAGGCUCGCCCAGCACAAGUCGGAGAUAGAGUGUUUCACUCCGAAAGGGAGUAUGGGGAAUGGUGGGAGAGCAAGCCUGAGCAGCUCCAAUGGCAAGUCGGUGACCUGGGCGCAGACGGAGCGCAGUGGCCGGGGCCAGCACUUGUGGCAGCGGCUGUCUGUGCACAUCAGCAAGAGAGACAGCCCCAACCAGACGGCGGUCAUCAGGCCCUUCCCACAGGGCACAGGAGGCGCGGGGGCCGCGGGGGCCGCAGGGGCCGCGGGGACCGCGGCGGGGGCGGGGGCCGGAGGUGCCAGAGUUGGUACAAGCGGGGGUCCAGGCGGGCCAGAGCCCCCGGAUGCCAGCCCGCAGGCAUUGUACGAAGUUGUAGAGGCUGAGGAGCCUCUGGCGGCGGCGGGGAGGCCAGGGCAGUCGGAUUCCAUAGUGCCGAGCAGCCCUCAGCUGCAGAGCCGCCUUCUGCAGAGCCCCACACAGCAAAGCUCCCCACUUCAGGGUCCCCAGCUGCAGAGCCCCCCACUUCAGAGCCCCCUUCUGCAGAGUCCCCCGCCUCAGAGCUCUCUGUUGGAGCAGAUCAGCAGCGUGGUGACCCGCUUCACACCCAAUAUCAGCGAGCUCAACUCCCUGAUGCUGCCCCCUGUCCCCCCUGAGCCCUCAGCGCCCCCAGCCCAACGAUCUGCAUCCCACCUGCUCCCCGCUGCCGCCUCGGGGUCCGCCUGCGCGCAGAUGCAGACCCCUCCAGCCACUGAGGUCCAGGGGGUAGCGGAGGGUGCCGGGGCACCUGGGGGCGCCUCCAAGCCCGAGCUGGAGGAGCUGGUGGCUCUCACCCCUCCGUCCCCUUUCCGAGACUCUGUGGACUCCGAGAGCACCACCCCCGACUCACCAGUGUCAGAGUCGGCCCUCUGCCUCCCCGCGUCCCCCAAAUACGACGCGCUGGUCAUCGGAGACUACACGCAAAGUUCCUCGUCCUUGUGA